GCCCCCACUUUCCCUCUCGAUCCCUCUGUAAACCCACGAAAAUCUGAUCUUGUAUUCAGGUCGAGUCUCGAGAAAAGGGAGCGAAACCCAGAUAAAAAAUUAGUUCAGAACUUACUCGCGGCUUUGGGGUAACGAGCCACCGUAGAGCUAGAGAGAGACUGAAUCCAUGGCGGGUGCGACGGGAGGGAGAUCGCUGGAGCAGACGCCGACCUGGGCCGUCGCCGUCGUCUGCUUCGUUCUGGUUCUGAUUUCCAUCAUCAUAGAGUACAUCAUCCAUCUCAUCGGACAGUGGCUGAAGAAGAAACACAAGCGCGCACUUUACGAAGCGCUCGAGAAGAUCAAAUCCGAGCUCAUGCUGCUGGGAUUCAUAUCGUUGCUCCUCACGGUGGGACAAGGCCCGAUCACCAACAUCUGCAUACCGAAGAAGGUGGGGGCCACGUGGCACCCGUGCAACAAGAAGGAAGAGGAGUCGCUCGACAAAGAAUCCUACUCUGGCCGGCGGAGGCUGCUCGAAGAUGUGGCGGGCUCUGGGGAAGGCUUCCGCCGUGUUCUGGCAGCCGCCACCACCGACAAGUGCGCAGCUAAGGGUAAAGUUCCGUUCAUUUCUGCAGAUGGGAUCCACCAGCUCCACAUCUUCAUCUUCGUCCUCGCUGUUUUUCACGUCCUGUACUGUAUCCUCACCAUGGCUUUGGGCCGGGCCAAGAUGAGCAGCUGGAAAGCAUGGGAGAAGGAAACAAGAACAGCUGAGUACCAGUUCUCCCAUGAUCCACAUAGGUUUCGGUUCACCAGAGAAACAUCAUUCGGAAGGAGACACUUGAACUUCUGGACCAAGACACCCGUCCUCAUCUGGAUCGUCUGCUUCUUCAGGCAAUUCGUGAGGUCGGUCCCUAAAGUUGAUUACUUGACUUUGAGGCAUGGAUUUAUCAUGGCACAUUUGGCACCUCAGAGCCACACCAACUUCAAUUUCCAAAAGUACAUCAACAGAUCCCUUGAAGAGGAUUUCAAGGUUGUGGUCGGAAUCAGUCCGCCCAUCUGGUUUUUCGCGGUGUUGUUCUUGCUCUUCAAUACUCAUGGGUGGUACUCUUAUCUGUGGCUGCCGUUCAUCCCGCUGAUUAUCAUCCUUUUGGUGGGAACAAAGUUGCAGGUGAUUAUCACCAAAAUGGGUCUCAGAAUUCACGAGAGGGGUGAAGUCAUUAAGGGCGUGCCGGUCGUUCAGCCGGGAGAUGAUCUUUUCUGGUUCAACCGCCCUCGCCUAAUCCUCUACCUCAUCAACUUUGUUCUGUUUCAGAAUGCCUUCCAGCUCGCUUUCUUUGCUUGGACUUGGUACGAGUUCAGUUUGAAAUCUUGUUUCCAUGCGCAUACGGAGGAUGUGGUGAUCAGAAUCUCCAUGGGGGUCCUGAUUCAGAUCCUAUGCAGCUAUGUCACUCUCCCUCUUUAUGCCCUUGUAACUCAGAUGGGAUCGACCAUGAAACCGACCAUAUUCAACGAGAGAGUCGCGGCGGCACUGCGCAACUGGCACCACUCUGCCAAGAAGCACGUCAAGGAUAACAAGAGCUCCAUGACCCCCAUGUCAAGCAGGCCGACGACCCCUUCGCACCACAUGUCGCCCGUGCAUCUCCUGCGCCACUACAGGAGCGAGAAGGACAGCUUCCACACGUCGCCCCAGAGAUCGAACUUCGACGCCUCUGAGCACUGGGAAACGGACUGCCCGUCCCCCAACCAUCCUUACCACCACCAAGGCGACGGCUCGUCGUCUCAUCGCCAUCAUCCCGAGACGGAACACGGUCACCUCGGACUCGAGCUGGGCUCGUCACAAGCGGCAACGGCUCCUCAGCCGGCCCGGACCCAACAUGAAAUCAAUAUGGGGGUACAGGGUUUUUAAUUCGAUAAGAGAACGAGUUCGGCGUGAGCGGAUCCGGGGUCGUGAUCUCGGCAUUGUUACUUGACUACGGUGGGAUUCAAUAGGAAAAAAAGGAGAGAUGAGCCACGGGUUUGCAUCCCCUCGUACAUAGAGAGAAAGAAGAGAAUCGCUUACAAACUGGUAAUGAAAGUUACCAGCUUUUGUAUCUUUCCAUUUCUUCCUAUUUUUUUUGCACUUGUUACUUCAAGAAUUCGUAUAAUUUGCUGUUGCUUAUCACUGGUUCACCAGAACAUCAAUGUGAUAGUUUGGUCCCCAUAUUCAAUUCCUGUCUUUUUUCCUUUUAUUUUCCUC